AGGGACAACCUUCACGUUUAAAGCGAAUGGAGAAAAUUCAUAAAACUCGUGAUAUACCGUUACGUUAUGUACAAAAUGAAAUCAAGCAUUAGCUUCUUCUAACGUCGACUGGUUAGUGGUGAACGGUAAAAAAUGCAUUUCCGAGUUGUGAUGCGACAGUGAGGCAAGAAUGUAGAAUGGAAAGUUUGGGACAGGGAGAAAAAUCCGAUGAGAAGAAAAUAUUGCUGGCCGCGCGGUGUAUGGCAUAGGGAUGGUAUCGCCAUCCAAGGUCCAGCAUCCGGAGCGAAAACAGCGGGAAAAUAAUACCAAGGAAACCGGCAGAAAUUCUCUCAGUCGAGCUCAGAACGUUCCGAAGCCAAAGUUACUGGAGAAUAAAACGUUUUAUUUGGAUAUUAAGAAUCAUGCCCUUUCAGCCAAGCUAGAGGGAAAAAUCAAAGAAUUCGGAGGGACGGUUGAAGUAUUUUUAGUACGAAACGUCCAUAUUGUGAUCAGCGACCGAGUCGAUAAAUCCGGACAGGCAAAUUCAGAUAAACGCAAAUGGGCUUAUGCCAGUGGUGGAAGCGGGGGGCCCCCCUCGCUUCGGAGCAUAGAGGUCCCAACUCCAACGCCGACUCCCCCGACACCUUACUUCAAUGCUGAUGGUCCCCUUUCAAAUUCUACGAAUCUACGGGGUCAACCUACCCAAAGAACUAAAUCGCGAGCGGAUGCAAUGUUGGAGCGUGCUCUGAUACAGCCCCAACAGUGUUCCGUGGAUCCGCUUAAAAACGCUCAAAACUGGAAUAUUCCCAUUUGGGCCCCCGAGAAACUCCAAACGUGGCUGGAUAAAAUCUACUUGUCUCACAAGGAUACAAACAAUCUGAAACAGAGUAGUCCACCUGCCCCAAGCAAAAAUCUUAAAGUCAAAGUCUUAAAGGCGCCUUACAUCAAGUUUGAAUCUUAUCACAGAGACACAAAGCCCGUAUUUUUCGAAUUGCCAUCUUGGCCAAAAAUAAACCUGGACGGAGAACCAGGCUCCUGUCCAUUUGGCACGAAGCGACGCCAGAAGAAAGGAGCUUCAGCAAGUAAGGAAACUAAGGAAAACUGGGAGGCUAUAAACAUAGCGAACAAAGAAAAGGGCAAAGAAAUGACACGUAGGCCACGGGCCACAGCAACUCGUGCUCGUCGAGCGGAACAAUUGGUUGCCGGGUACUGCGAAAUUUGCCGCUCAGAGUACAGGGACUUGACGAAGCACGUGCAGAGCGAUCAGCAUCUCAAUUUUGUCCAAAAUAAUGACAAUUUUCUCUCCCUAGAUACCCUCAUUAGCACCGGCGCGAGCGUUGAGGCUUUUUUAAAGCUCAACACUUUAACCGACAUUCGGCAGGACUGCAACCUUUUUCCAAACGGUAAUCACAGUCUUCGCAGCUCAGUGUUGUCGGAAAAGGUGGACAAGACGGCAAAAAAAGUCUUGAAAAAUUUUGGUGUCGAGGAAAUCAAAAUGGUGCAGUGCAAUGGUGCGCGUAGGAAUCUUGACUUGAAACUGAGCUCCCCGCACAAUCUGCGAACCCGUGAAAAGAAAGAGUGUGGCCAUUUGUUGAGAUCCAAAGGCAGAACUGGGGACAAAGUUGAGAAGACUAGUGAAAAACUAUACGACAAAUUUGAGGGUUAUACGAUUAAGAAACGCGCUAAGGGGACAAUCUGGAUAGAGGAGGAUGAUCCGGAGGAUAAAUCCGAGGACGAGAAUAAAAAAGACGUAAACGAGUGCAAUGAUAAGGUAUUAUUAGAUCUUGACGAAUCUGAAUUAAAAAGUCAUCGCAGGAGCAACGGACACUCGGAAUCAAACAAUUUCAUCAAGAGUGAAGUCUCUCGAAAUCUCAUUCAAGAAAUCGAUAGCAAGAAGAAAAAGGACUCGGGUCCUAGGAUAAAUGGCCAUGAGCCAAACGAGAAUGUAUCCCACAAUGCCAAGAAAGACUCGUCAGUUAAGCAUUCUGCACUGAAAAACUCUUUGGUUAAGCAUUCUUCGGUCAAAGAUUCUCUGGUUAAACAUUCUUCGGUCAAAGACUCUUCGGUUAAACAUUCUUCGGUCAAUGAUUCAUCAAUUAAACAUUCAUCGGUCAAAGACUCUGCAGUUAAACAUUCUUCGGUUAAACAUUCUUCAAUCAAAGAUUCUUCUGUUAAAAAUUCUUCUGUCAAAGAUUCUCCGGUUAAACAGUCUUCAGUCAAAGAUUCUCCCAUAAAGGAUCUCAACGGCGAAAUGGGCAAGUAUUUGAGCAAAGAGGAUAAGAAUGGAGUUGAUCCAUGUUCCAAUGAUGACGAGGAAAAGGAUUGUCGGGGUUUCAAAACGCCGAGUCGGGGAGAAAAAGAUGUGAAGGAUACUAAAGAUGCGAAAGCGCAAAGUAUUAGGCCGAGCCGUGGAGAAAAAGAUUUGAAGGAUUCGAAAGAUGAGAAGGCGCAAAGUAUCAGGGUUUCUAGAAGAGGAGGAAGAAGUUGUAGGGGUCGUCAGAGGACAUCGAUAGAAGAAAGAUUGAUUGAAGAUGUUCGAUCCUAUUACAAGGUUGAGGUUGUCCCAAGCAAAUUGAAGUCGAAUGCGAUUGCGCCAACUCCCCCUGUGAAGGUAGUCAAAGAAGUUGUUGACGAAGUGAAGAAAGAUGAAGGACCUUCGAGCGAAAAGCCGGUUGUGGUGCGUUUUAAGCGUGUGCGAAAAUCAGAGCUUUCCUUGCUCAGUGAUGAAGCCGAGUCUUUUAUGUUUGGAGAUCCGAGACGAGACGAUUCCAGUGAGGCGAGUGAGGGCGAUCAAAGCAGCGUUUUACCAAAAGAGACUGAGAGUGAUCGGGAGGAUACGAUGAAUUCGAUCAAUCUCAGCUCGCCUUGUAACUCGAGUCUCGUGAAGCAGGAAGUCAUGGAGGAUUCACAGGAUUCUGGGAAUAUGGGCCGAGCGAGAAAAAAGAGGCGGACUCAGGCAGAAGCCCUGAUUAAAGACAAUGCUGAUUAUUACAAGUUUGAAACACCUGGAAGCCGGUUGAGGUUUCAAGCACCUAUGACGGGAAUUGAGGACUUAAAUUAUGAUAAACCGGAUGAAGAGGAGUGUAACGAUGAAGAGGAUUCAAAUGAUGGACUCGUACCUUCAAAGCCUUCGCCGGAAAUUGAGAAAAUGCAGUUUUCGUUUGAAGCGAUACCGAAAUCGGAACCCUGGUACCAAACUUAUACACGACAGGAUGGGGGCCAAGAAUUCUGGCAUUAUUUUAGCGAGUCCGAUGCUCAGAAACCUUUUUUGUUACCUUAUGAGAUUGAGAAUUUUCAUGAGACUCUGUUCAAGCGGCUUCAUAGGAGUGAUGGAAGGAGACGGAGUCGAGGUAGGGGUUCCGGUAUUGGACGAUCGCCGAGGAAAAGUCCGCGGUGCCAUGCAUCGACCCUGGCAAUUAUGUCGACUAUUAUCAGGAAGAGGGAACAACAACAGCAUACGCCGAAUUUGAAUGCUAUUGUUGAGGAAGACAGCCAGUCAAAAUCGGAAGCGAGUUCGAAGAAGGAUUUUAAACAAAAGUCUGAUGUUGAUGAGGAUCUGCAGGCGAUUGCCAAGAAUAUUGAUGAAAUGCUGUCUGCGAAGGAUUUUCAGCUGCAGGAAGCAGAGGACUCUUUCGAGGAUAUUUUUCUCCCAAAUAUAGAGGAGACAGCCGUGGAGGAAACUCAAAUACCAAAGGGCGCACCAGUGAAUUUACUAGAGUUACUCGAAAAUUGCCACGAGCUCAUCCCCUGCCUCGAAAACUCGUCCUGUGCGAGUUCCGAUUGUGGCGAAGGAAACGGUGAAUCUCCUCUGAAACGGCGAAAGCGAAGGAAAAACCGGACUGGCUGGCCAGGAAACAAACUCCGUCGAAAACUCCACACUAAGCAAAUGGCAGCAGCUUACGAAAAUGAAAAAAGGUCUGAAGCAACUACUCAACUAGCAGCUGUGAAGGAGGAAGCCUGCGAGAGACUUCAAGCUCCAAGCAGUGAAGCUACGAGCGAGCGAGACAUCAGGAAUUCAGAAAAACGUGCUUCCAAAUCCUCCGGAUCGUGUUCAUUCGGCGAUUGCGGAGAAAGAAGAAAUGGAUCAGCCGACACUCCGAAUCGUAGGAGUCAGAGUUCUGAGGAUUCGAAAUCCGAAAAGCUAAAGGAUGAAACAACUUGUUCGAAAAAAGAUUUGAAGGGGAAGAAGGAAUCUUCUUCAGAAACCGAAGAACUCGCAUCGAGAAGGGAUUCUUCGAAGAGCCGGAAGACGUCUUUGGAAAGCGAGGAGAUCUUCUCUAAGAGGGAUUCGUCAAAGGUGAAGAAAGAAUCUUCAUCCGAGACCGAGGAAAUGUCUUCUUCGAAGAGGGACUCCUCGCAAACUUCCUCGAAAACUUCUGAAGGUUCUUCGGGGAACGACGAGAACUUAAAAACCGUGAAGAAAAAAAAUUACCGUCUCCCAACCUCCUCCUCGGACAGGGAAUGCCGCUCAAGGAGAGUCAUGCUGAACGUCUCCCCCAGGAAACGCAACAUGACAAAGGCUCUGAUUAGAAAUCGGGGUCGUCGGAGAGCAACCGGGUCAUCUGAGUCGCAUGUGGUUACUUAUAAGACAAAGUGUCUCUCGAGGCGGAUGCAGAAAUUGUCUCGGAAGCGACCUAGUGGAAGGGCGACAUCGCCCUUAGUUCUCGAGAAUGAGAAUUGUAAGAAAAGCUCGUAUUUGAAUAUGUCUCCGAGGACGAGGUUGAGGAGGGUGAGAGGUGGUAUCUCGUCGGAUGCUGGCGAUGUCGACUGCGCACUCUCAGAACGGGUCAACUCGCCGGUCGGGGCGCCAAUCGAUUUGCAAAAUAGGCGUUCGAGCAUCGAGUUUCAACCCGUUGUAAGAGUGAUGAAGAUCGAAGAUCAAGUCGACAGGGACCAUAGUAUUCUUUCAGUAAAGGUAGCGAGCAAUCGAAGGUUAAGAAGUUCCGGUUCUUCCCCUAAAUCAAGUCAGCCCCCGAAGAAGAGGUUUAAGGGCAGGGGACAUUAUAGCCCGUGGUUGAAAACCAGUUGAGGAAUUUGAGUGGAAGAAAAUGUACCUCGGAUCGAUUCCGAUGAAUAUUAAAUUACCCCGACUGACUUUUGAAUUCGGGAUCGUCCGGUCGUGUACAUUGUGUACAAAUGGUAUUUCUGUAUCUUUAGUAUUUAAUACCGCUGACACCAUAGUUUAGUGAUAUUAUAAUUAUUAUAUCAUUACGAUUGAGUAUAAUUAUAGAAUUAGUAGGCGGUGUAAAAGAAAAUCGCUAAACUGUACAUUCUUUAAAUGCGGUCUUCGCGUUCUUUGAACUCUCUUUACUUUUUCUUUGUUUUUAUCUUUAAUUAGAGUGAUGGCGGCGAGAGCUGUACUAAUGAAUUUUUUCUUUUGUAUAGAAUACAUGGAUUUUAAAGUAGACAGUCUUCAACGUUCGAGUUAGUUAUUGAGUUUCGAGAAAAUAAGUUACAUGCACGGUUUUCGUUCUUUUUGUUACAUGUUUUUUUUUUAGACACGCAAGACUGCAUUCGGCUUUACAAUAGAGUAAUAAUCACUUUUUUGUUAGAGUACACAUAAUGUAUGUAAUAUUCUAUUUUAAACUCCAUGUAAGGAAGCACCUCCUAAAUACCUUAUUUGAAACAAAGGAUAAUGUAAGUCUCAUGAGUUUAAAAGAGAAAUUAUUAUUAAAAGAGUACGAAUUUUCCAUAA